AUGUCGUCCUCCGAUCUACUGCCAACCCGGCUGAUCAUUGUCGAUGACACGGAUCCUGGUAUAAUCUACCAUGACAAUGGGUGGUUUCGAGACCAAGGCAGCCAUGAUGGUGACGGAACAUGGGGGCCUGCGUUUCAGAGCACAUUGCAUGGGACAAUUUCUAAUUCCUCGUUUUCGUUCAGCUUCAGCGGGACACAUGUACAAGUGCUAGGCUUCAACCAAAUUCGAAGCAACUCCGGGAUAGUGGACCCAACUGUCGAAUGCACCGUUGACGACAUUCCCGUGACAUCAACCGCCCCAAGUGCCCUCGUAGCAAACAACUGGCCCUUCUGCGGUCAAGAGGGUCUGUCUGAUGGCACUCACAACUUGACCGUCAGGGUGACCGUUACGAAUCGACAAACAUUUUGGUUUGACGCGAUCCGUUAUCACCCGUCGGCAGAUGUUCCACUUGACGAUAAGACCAUUCUAGUCGACUCGAAGGACCCUGCCUUCCAGUGGGGCAAUUUCUGGCGGCCAUUGGAUGGGUUUGCCAAUAUGUCAAUGGAAGACUCCGCGUUUGUGAGGUUCGAGUUCUACGGUGUAUCUCUGAGCUGGUACGGGGUCAGGGUCGCCAGCACGUUAUCUCGAGACGCUUCCACCGGUUUAUACAACCUCGACAAUGGAACUUUGGUGACAUUCUCUCUCAAGACCAUCCCAGUUGGCGCGCAACAAAGCUACAAUCAAAAAAUAUUCGAAACCCCGGUUUACCCGCCAGGAAAACAUGAGCUGUUCACAGUCUAUGCAGGAAUACGCGACCAAUCUCCUCUUACCCUCGACUAUGUUGUCAUCAAGAAUGGCAGCACAAGUGCGAAUAGCACAGUGACCACCAUCACUGCGCCCUCGACAGCAGAUCGCACUGCUCUGCCUUCGAGCGACACUGUUGUUUCCGAAUCGUCCAGGAAGUCGGUUGAUGCAGGCGUCAUUGUCGGCAGCGUUCUGGGCACCCUGACAUUUGUCGCUGUUGUCCUCCUUUCGAUCUGGUUCCUGCGUCGGCGAAGUCAAAGGCGACUCCAGCAGCAAAAAGAAGCAGCUUUGACAAAUCAGGCGAACAUUGUAGACCCAUGGUUCCAACCUGGCCCAAACCCCGACAUUGAGUGGAUACCCGAGAUGCAAAUUCUUCUCCGACCCGACUCACCCUCAAAUACAUCCGACAUGAGUCCCAACUUGAAGCACCGACACCUUAUCAACGCCUUCGGUAUUUGCGAGGAUGGAACUUACGAUCCUCGCCUCUCGCUUGUUGAUGGCAGCCCAUAUGCUAGUCAAUCCGGAUAUACGUCGGAGCAGGGAGGGUCGUCGACGUCAAGCAGCAGACGAGAUCAGGAGUUCGCAAAGCAUUCCAAGUCUCCUUUGAGAUACGGUUCCCCCUCACCUACCCCUUCACGCUUCGUUCUGCCACCAGAUAGCGGCGUACGCUUGCCUGCUGAGCCAGAUCAGAACGUCGUCGAAAUACCGCCAGUCUACACCCCUGGUUGA